CGCGGCCCGGGCCAAACCGCGUGACGUCACUCGGCGGCGCCGGAAGUUGCGACUCGCAGGCGUUGGGACUCGGCUAACAGCCGUUUCUUCUGCGCUGAGGUGCCGGGGCGACCAUGGUGUCCGAUGAAGAUGAACUGAAUCUCCUGGUCAUCAUAGUGGAUACCAACCCGAUAUGGUGGGGAAAGCAGGCGCUGAAGGAGUCUCAGUUUACUCUAUCCAAAUGCAUCGAUGCCGUGAUGGUGCUGGGGAACUCCCACUUGUUCAUGAAUCGCUCCAACAAACUGGCCGUGGUCGCCAGUCACAUCCAGGAGAGCCGAUUCUUAUAUCCUGGGAAGAAUGGCAGAGUUGGAGACUUCUUUGGAGACCCUGGCAACCCAUCUUCUGAAUUUAACCCCUCAGGAAGUAAAGACGGAAAAUAUGAACUGCUAACAGCAGCAAAUGAAGUGAUUGUGGAAGAGAUUAGAGACCUCAUGACAAAAAGUGACAUAAAGGGUCAGCAUACAGAAACUCUGCUGGCAGGAUCCCUGGCCAAAGCCCUUUGCUAUAUUCAUAGAAUGAACAAGGAGGUGAAAGAUAAUCAGGAGAUGAAAUCGAGAAUAUUGGUGAUUAAGGCCGCGGAAGACAGCGCGCUGCAGUAUAUGAACUUCAUGAAUGUCAUCUUCGCAGCACAGAAGCAGGUGCGUGAGAGCCUUCUGCUGCAUGUCUGUCAUGACGAAGGCGUCAGUAUCAUUUCCCGAUUGAUACUGGGAGAGAAUAUUUUGAUUGAUGCCUGCGUUUUAGACACCGAUUCAGGACUCCUCCAACAGGCUUGUGACAUCACUGGGGGACUAUACCUGAAGGUGCCUCAGAUGCCGUCCCUCCUGCAGUACCUGCUGUGGGUUUUUCUUCCCGAUCAAGAUCAGAGAUCGCAGUUAAUCCUGCCACCCCCAGUUCACGUGGACUACAGGGCUGCUUGCUUCUGUCAUCGAAACCUCAUUGAAAUCGGCUACGUCUGUUCUGUGUGUCUGUCAAUAUUCUGCAGCUUCAGCCCUAUCUGCACCACGUGCGAGACAGCCUUUAAGAUCUCUCUGCCUCCCAUGCUGAAGGCCAAGAAGAAGAAACUGAAGGUGUCUGCGUGACAACGUUCUCCCGUCUUCAGCAGUCAGAGACGUUGGCAGAGCCUUUGCUGGGGAGACUCUGAUAAAAACACAGCUGGGUCAUCCUUAACGUCGGAGUUUCUUACAGGGAGGAUUUGCAGUGGCCCUCGCAGCCUGUGCUUCCGGGGACUCGUUUACUGGAGGGAAUUACUCUGCAGUCCAUCCCCAGCUCUGCUCACAAGGGUGGAGGAAAGCUCAACUGGUGACAUGUUUUAAUGGCUGGUCAUUUGUGACAGCCCAUUCCGACGGGGGCUUCAGGACCCGUGACCCACACGGAAGGCCUUCCUGGGACAUGGACAGUGGGUGAAGUCUGAACACAGUUUUGGGACAAGGGGCCAUUGCUAGAGUGACUGCAUCCAUCAGGAUAGGACGUCUCUCUCUGGAGACAGCAGUUAGCUUCCGCAGGUGUCCUGGCUGAGGUUCAGGGUAGAUCCAGCAGACGUUUAUCCGGAGUCUGGUGUCCGUGGUCCAAGCAGGCCUGCAGCCCGUCACGGAAUAAGCAGAAACUCUGAUUUUGGGUGGCAAAGGGGAACAGGCAUGGAGGCCUGGUAGCAAAUUUUCCUUCAAAAACAGUUGUGUGCAGAGUUUGUUCAUAAAAGCUGACGCGUGGGUUCUGAGGGAGUUUGUUGGGAAACUAGUGUGUCCCCAGGUGGAAUUCUGUCCUCUGUAGUGGAGAAACCACACAGUCCUGUUGGAGAAUGCUCUCUAGAAGCCUUUACCUGAAUACUGAAGACUUUUAUAAGUUAAAUGUUCCUUGUAAUUUCAACAAUAAAAAUUUAUUUUACUACUUAAUAA